GGGCAGAAAAGAGAAAUGCUAAUAGUACAAAGUAAGCUAAAGUGAAGAAAACGAAGAAAAAAGAAAAUAGGAAAGCAAAAUUCUGUGUAAGCAAAGACGUGCACACAAACAGCUCAGUGGUGGGCAAAGUAUAUAACUGUACGCAGUGAAGUAACUAUGAGUGCGUAGUGAAGUAUGUAAGUGUUAAGAAGUACCAGUUAACCUAAAAACAAAAAAAGAUACAAAGAGGAAUAGCUCAAAAAGAAAAAGAGGAAGAAGGAGACGCCGUUGCAGAGACCCCGAAACCACAUCAAAACGACAGUUUCUCAUAUUUCCCGAUUUCCAUCCCAAAAACUGUUUCCUGGGCCACCAUAACGAGAUUUAUUUUUAGUUAUUGUUGAAAGUGCUUAUUAUUCCUGUUUCCUGUUGAUAUUCAUGGGGGAGGAGCUGGUAAAUGUGAUGCUCCGAGUACGAUAAUCUGGCAACGGAGCAUCAGACCCCAGACCAAACCCGAGACCAAGAUCUUUGUUUACAUGAUGGAGGUGGACACGUGUGCCCCCGAGGACCCCCAAGAUGAGCCCCGCGAGACCCUCAUGCCCGUGCACACCAACAUCAGGGACAUCAAGAACAAGAGCAGGAGGACCAGGGCGUUCGUGGAGUUGAAGCGGGAGAAGAGAAAAAAAAAAAUCCAAGAAGCAAAAGAUAAGAAGAAACUUGCUGCCAAACUUGGAAAAGAUGCCCCACCCAAGAAGCAGCCACACACCAUCGAGUCUCUCCGGGAGAAGGACGAGACCAUGGUGGAGGAGGAGGACGAGGAGCUGGAGCAUGAAGAGGCCAAUGAUGCAUAUGCCUCCUAUUUCACCAAGUCAUACGUCCCCAAGAUACUCGUAACCUGCAGCGAUAACCCGCACACGAAAACCAUUGCCUUCAUCCGGGAGUUGUGUCGCAUCAUCCCUGACGCUGAACCCAAGUGGAGGACUCGCAGCAGCAUUAAGAAGAUGGUGAAGAAAGCAGCAGAGCAAGGCUACACUGACAUCCUUGUGGUCAAUGAAGACAGGAGAAUACCAAAUGGUCUCCUUGUUAUUCACCUGCCUGAGGGGCCUACAGCACUCUUCAGAAUCAGUAACCCAAAGCUGUGCAAAGACAUCCACAGGGAGUACCAGGAGAUUACUGCACACAGACCGGAAGUGAUCCUCAACAACUUCAGGACUCGCCUUGGCCGGGUAAUAGCACGCAUGCUCGGGGCGCUCUUCCACUAUGACCCUGAGUUUAAGGGACGAAGAGUCUGCACAUUCCAUAAUCAGAGAGAUUAUAUAUUUUUCCGUCAUCAUAGGUAUGAGUUUAAGAACACCGAGAAGGUAAAAUUGCGUGAGCUGGGGCCUCGCUUCACGCUGCGACUUCAGUGGCUGCAGGAGGGAGCCUUUGAUGGAGACUAUGAGUGGGCCCUCAAGAGGCACGAGAUGGAGACCUCAAGGAGAAGAUUCUUCCUAUAAUGAACUAGCUUAAGUUUUCCCCUCUGACUGUUUUGCUUCCUUGGCACUCCUAAGACCAUAGACUGUCAGGAAGAAAGAACUGCUUUUGUGGCCUUGGAGAAGGUUAAAGGAUAUUUGCAAGCAAGGGAAGCUCUUGCAUGCCUGGGAACACCAAGUAAGCUCUAAUUUUACUUUUGUUUCUAAUUUGAAUUUCUAAUUUGAAUCUAUUUCUUACAUGGUUAGGAAAAUUGUUAGUGAUAUUCCUUUCCUUCCAUUCUCCUUUUAUUUAUCUUCUCUUCUUAUACCUCUCAGUAAAUAAGUAUCCAUAGGCAGCCCCUUUACUCAAAGGCUAUGCUGGGGGUAGCUAUUUGGACUCUGAUGUAUUAGCAGAUUAAAAUAUGAAUAAACCUGUAGAGCAUGUAA